UUGGUGGGCGGGCCCUGCCUAUAUAUAUAUUUUUUUAAUCCCCCCCAUCUCUCUUUUUCUCUGCGCUUGCGCAGCUAGGGGGGGGGUUCUGUGGCCGGAGGGGACCGGGCUGCCCCUCCCCAAAUCCGGAGGAACCGGUUGGGCCGCUGGCUUGUUUUGAGGGGUGAUGUCCGAAGUACCCAAGCCGGUGGAAGUGGGCAGCUCUGAGGACAUUGGCUUUGAGGAGGAGGAUGGGACCUCGACCGGUAUCUCAGCCAUGCAGGAGGAAGAGGAGGAAUCGGAAGCAACCUCGGUAUCUUCUGGAGACAGUAGCCCCGCGACCCCAUCUGCCAAUGGCUAUCCAGGUCCCCAGAGCAAAGAACCCAAACUGGCCACUGGAGGGGAACAGGCGGAUGAUGUUGGAGACGGAGGGCAGGAUCGCCUCAGCUCUUCCCAGGCUCCUAGCCCCGAAUGGCACGAAUGCCCUGAAUGUGGGCGUGGCUUCGGCACAUCUCGGGCCCUGAAGGUGCACCGUAGCUACCACGUGGGGCGCAAAAGGCCACACAGUGGUUCCUCUUCAACCAAGCCACCUCCACCUCCACUGAUCUUGCCGGGAAAUCCUGACAGCCAGGAAGGGCGGACGGCCCCGACCUCCGGCCGGGGCAGAGCUUUUCACUACAUCUGUGCCGAGUGUGGCGUGGGCUUUACCUCUCCUGCCACGCUGGAGGGCCAUCGCUGCGAACACAGCUGGCGCAGAAGCCCUCCAGCCCCUCCUCGUAAUAAGCUGGCUCCUUCUCCUGCUCCCAGAGAGGCUAACGGGGAUCAGGACACAGAUGGGGCUGACGGACCAUAUCACUGCACCGAGUGCCCAGGCGAAUUCGGCUUGGUAUCCGAACUUCACGAGCACUACAUGCUCCAUGCUCGCGGAGAGCUGUAGAUCGGUCUUCAGCCCCUUUCCCCCCACCCCCCCACUCCACAGCCCGCUUCCAUUUCCCUGUUGUCAUAGGUGGCCCCCUGCUAAGGGAUUCUGUCCUGCUGGGAUACUCAAAAGCGAAACCUCCUUUAUCUUUAGUUCCUUUAAACAACAACAAAAAAGAAGACACAUUUCUAUAUACCUGAAAUGAAUUUAGCUUUGGAACAACGAAAGAGAGAUGACCUUGGGAGCAAUUGCUUUUGUAUCCUGCCUCCCUGGCGGUGAGUGCAGUGACUUAAAAGCCCAUCUGCAGGAAGUGAAGUUUUCCCUUGUUCCCUGCCCUUCAGUGAUCUGGAUCUGAUGAUCCCUAAAAUAUUCUAACCCUCACCCAGCCCCCCCCCAGCAUCCCAAAAGGAGAUCCUGUUCAUGAACUUUUUCGAAAACAGUAGCACUAGCAGGAUUGCCCUCUACAAGUCCGUUUCAUUAACAAGAAUCAGGAUUGUCUUCGGCCAGACCCCAUCCCAAAUGGGGAGAUGGGGGCCCCCGGGAGUUAGUAAGAGAUGAAUUGGAAUCGCUUUGUCCUAAGUGUGCAGAGAUCCUGCUUUCCCAGACAAGUUCCUUCUCAGUCAGGGUCCUGUUUUCAUUGUCGUCAACGUUGGCACUUGGGCGGCCCAUGCCAAAGUACAGAAGCUGUAUUCUGUUUUGUGUGUGUGUGCGUGAGUGUGUGUGUGUGUGUUUGGCUUUUAAGGAAACGGCUCCUGGGAACGGCACCUGAUCCGCCCUAACUCAUGAAUUCUAACAAAUAUCUCUUCACCGUGAUUGGGAGAGAACGGUUUAAUAAAAACGAUUCUGUA